AUGGACACGAUCGAGGGCUCCGAGACCGGUUACGGGUUGCCGACCGGCGGUUGCCUGAUGGCGGUCAGAAGUCUGGUGACGCAGUUCAACGACCUGUUCAGCGACUUCAACCGGUACAUCUCGCCGGCCUACCAUCACGACCGAUGCGAACGGUCCGUGCACAUGCGUCUAUACUCGAUGAACAAGCGGGAGUUCGUCAUGGUGUUCGUCGUCCUGUUGACCGCCAUGGGACUGGUGCUGUUCAUCGGACUGACAGGGCCGCCGAUCACGCUGACGAGCAAAGUGAGCGGGGUCGAAGUGCUGAAGCACACCAACGGAUCGUUGCCGCAGGGCCCGUACGUCAUGAAGACCCCCAGCCUGACGGUGUACAACCAGAGGCUGUGGUUGAUAGCGGUUGUGUUGACCGGCAACAAGGACGAUGAGACUUAUGAUAAAAGUUUCAAGAUCAGUAUGUCCAUCAAAGGAAUCACUCCGCAACACGAGACCACCGACAUAGUAAAAGUGUUCAAGAAUAACAGAACGAGACAUUUGCUGUGUAAACAACAGUUAUGUAACCAAGUGCCUAUAGCCCACAUAGCGUAUAUCCAUUACACUCAUUAUACGUUCAAGGUGGAUUUUUACAAUCUAGAAACGUUUCAUCAGAAGUACCAAGUAAAAGAAGUCAUAUUUUACUACAAAUCGUAUAACCCCGGCUACACUCAAAUGGAAAUAUGGUUCAGGCUAAUUUAUUUGCUCAGUGCUUUUGGAAUACUUUGUUGUUUCGCGAAUUCGCUGAGGAAAUUUCCAGUGGCAGAUUGGUCGUACGAACAGAAAUGGACAGUCGUCUUAUUACCCCUGUUAAUAUUAUUUAACGAUCCCAUCUUCCCACUGACACUUCUCACGAGCAAUCAACUGAUUGGAAUGCUAGACGGCGUCUUCCAAGUGACAUUUAUCUGCGCGAUUUUAUUCUUUUGGCUUUGUAUCUACCACGGACUCCGCCAGAACGAGAGGAAACCGUUAGCGUUUUAUCUUCCUAAAGCAAUUCUGGUCGGUCCGUUUUGGUUGUGCGGAGUUAUAAUGGCCAAAUACCGUCGCAUGAACGAGGUUGAAGAUCCAGCGUUUAGCUACGAGAUUGAUUCUAACGCGUACACGAACAUCAAGUCAUGUGUAGGCAUUUUCGUUAUUGUAUAUAUCGUGUACUUGGUUUGCUUGAUUUUGAGAGCGUACAGUGAUUUACGGUCAAUGCCAUAUUUCGACGCUAGACUGAAAUUUGUAACGAUCUCCAUGGUCAUAUCACUUACAAUAUGUUCGACCAUUACACACAUGCAAUACGGGCUUGGACUAAUUGAAGACUCAUACGCUGCCGAUUUGAACACUGAAUACAUGACAUCAGCAUUGUUUAUGACUUUUUACGGUAUUUGCAAUUUCUAUGUGUUUACUUUGGCUGCGGUUUACUCACCAACUAAAAAACCAGGAUUUGAAUCUUCAAUAACAAAAGAUAAUCCUGCAUUCUCAAUGGUAAACGACUCUGAAGAAGAUAUACCGUUCGGUUCAGAUGAAGAAAGUCAUAAGCCACUAAACCCACCCAAUGAUGACAGUGAUUAAUUAAAUUGUUUUCUUUGAAUUGGCUUGUACAUAAUCAUAUUGGUUUUAUUACAUUAUUUUUAUGGAUAAUUAAAUAACAAAUAUUUAAUAUAUUUA